UUAAAACUCAGGACUGGGAUUAAUAUUAUCUAAAAAAAAACUAAAAAUGCCUUUAAAAAAAUCAAUGGUAGAUACUUAUAAGAAUGGAUUUAAAUGGAUUGGAGAGGGUAUUAAAUCAAAUGAAGGAAUUAUUAUCUAUAAAGGAGUUUAUUGUGAAAAUGAUACAUUUUAUAAGGGGGAUUGUAUCUUAGUACGUAGCAAUAGUGGAAAAGGAUCAUGGGCAGCAAUGAUUACAAGUUUUUAUGAAACGAAAUCAGGCGAAAAAAUGGCAGAUUUAUUGUGGUUUGAACGAAGUACUCAUAUACGGCGUGAAAAACAACGACAUCCAAUAUGUCAUAAUGAAUUAUUCAUUUGUGGAACCAAAGAUUCUAAUGAACUUUCUGUAUUUCAAAGAAAAAUCCAAGUUAUUUCAUAUGAUACUUUUAUUAAAAGAUAUCCCAAGGGUUUAACAAGGAAUAUGAAUGAUUACGAUAAGGUAUUUUAUUGUAGAAGUGGUUUUCAUUCAAGAAAAGAGAUAUAUUUGGACUUUAUUGAAUGGGAUCAAUUUUAUCGUCAUGAAGAGACUGAUUUUGAUGCUUUAAUUGCAUGGGUAAAUACAACCUAUAUACAGACGUAUUCUGCACAAAAACAUUCAAAACAAAUACAAGUGAAUAGAUCUAAAACAGAUGAAUUAGCAAAAGAAACAAGCAGUGAAAAGGAUGUCGAAAAUAGUGACAUUGAGGACAUUUAUAUGCCAUCAAUAUCAGAGGAGAGUUCGGACAUUAUAAUUACAGAAGAUGAUGAAUUCAUUAAUAAGACUUAUUUAAGCAAAACACCACGUAAACGUGGUAAAAGUACACCAAAACUAAUAACACCAGUAUCAGGACGUCGUAUGACAGCAUCAGGCAAACGACGAUGCUAUAAAAAACAUUUAGAAAUGACUCCUUUGCCAUUAAGAUAUCUUUUUUGUGAUGAAUCUAAGCUUUCUCCCUAUCAAAGUGCAAGAUCAAGACUUCAUGUGUCAACUGUUCCUAUGACAUUACCAUGUAGAGAACGAGAAUUUUCUUUAAUCUAUUCUCAAGUAUUAAAUGCACUCGAAUCAGGACAUGGUGAGUGUAUUUAUAUAAGUGGUCCUCCAGGAACAGGUAAAACAGUAACAAUAAAAGAAGUAGUACGAAGUUUAUUUCAAAAAGUUAAUGAAGGCGAAAUAGAUGAUUUUAAAUAUGUUGAAAUUAAUGGUAUGAGAAUAAUUGAUCCAAAUCAAGCAUAUACAUUAUUGUGGGAAGCUUUGACUGAAGAAAGAGUUACUUCAAAACAUGCAUUGAUGCUUUUAGAAAGACGAUUUUCUCAGCCAAAUCCUAAUAGAGUCCCAUGUGUUGUAAUGAUUGAUGAAUUAGAUCAAUUGAUGACAAAAGAUCAAAAACUAAUGUAUAAUUUUUUCAAUUGGCCUGCUUUACAAUAUUCUCGCUUAAUUGUUAUUUCAAUUGCAAAUACAAUGGAUUUACCUGAACGUAUGUUAACUAAUAAAAUAUCUAGUAGGCUUGGAUUAACACGUAUUGGAUUCUCAGGAUAUACAUUUGAUCAAUUACAAGUCAUCAUAAGGACAAGAUUACAAGGAAUUCCUGGUCAUUUAAUGGAUCAGGAUGCCAUUGAAUUAGCUAGUCGAAAAGUAAGUGCAAUAAGUGGUGAUGCUAGAAGAGCUUUGGAUAUUUGUCGUCGUGCUGUUGAAAUUGCUGAAUUAUCUAUUACUACAAAUAAAAAAUCUCCCUCAAAAACUAAUGAUCAUAUAUAUCAAGGAAAAAUAACAAUGAAGACUAUUCAAAAAGCAAUUUCUGAACUUUCUGCAUCUCCCGUUUUAACUUAUUUACGAUCAAUUCCUCUAUCAUAUAAAGUAUUUUUAAUUUCUUUAAUGUUAAAAACAAAACGAUCCGGUCUUUCUACUCAUAAACUUGGUGAAAUUAUAGAUAUCUCUCUUAGAAUGUGUAAAACAACUGAAAAACUUUGUCUUCAAGAAUUUUAUCGCUUAUCAAUUGAUAUAAACCUCGACCUUAUAAAUUCUGCUUUCGCUUUAUUCGAAGCUGGAAUUAUUUUUUUUAAUAUAAAAGGAGGAAAAAGAAAUGCUCUUGUUCAACUUAAAAUACCUCCUCAAGAUGUUCAAUUGGCUUUGCAAGAUGAUAUAGACUUUAGAGGUAUUCUUACUUAACCCUAUCUUUUAUUAGGGUUAUACCAUAGCACAUAGGGUUAGG